GGGAAGCAGCUGGAGUCCAGAAAAGGAUCUAGUGCCCAAGAGACAGCCACCAUGGCCCAACACUUUAAAGCCACAAGCACUUGCCUCGUAUGCCUGACCUACCUGGAAGACCCCGUGAGCCUGAAAUGUGGGUUCAUCUGCUGCCGCCAGUGUCUCAGCUCACUGCCGAGGUCCCCCAGGGGACACGGGAUUAUGUGCCACACCUGCUCCGAGGUUUCUCAGAACAGUGAUAUCAGGCCCAACCAUCAGCUGGGCAGGCUGGUAUCAGCAGUCAGGGCGCUGGAGCCCCAGCUGAGAGACACCCUGCAGAUGAACCCGAGUUUGCGGAGAUUCCAAGAGGACGUGACCUUGGAUGUGGACACGGCCCACAAGCACCUCGAAGUCUCCGAGGACCUGAGGCGAGUCCACUGUGUGUACGUGGAACAGAAGCGCAGGGUCUGUCCCGAGAGGUUCAGCGUCACCUGCUGUGUGCUGGGCUCCCCGCAGCUCACGUCUGGCCGGCAUUACUGGGAGGUGGACGUGGGCACCAGCGCAGAGUGGAACCUGGGCGUCUGCAAGGAGUCUGUUUCCCGGCAGGACAAGGUCGUCCUCUCUUCAGAACGUGGCUUCUGGACCUUGAGCUGCAGGGAGAAGGACACCUUCCUGGCCAGCACCAGGCCAGCAACAGAGCUGAUUGUCAGUCCUGGCUUACGCCGUGUGGGUGUUUUCCUGGACUGUGAAAUGGGGACCAUUUCCUUUUAUCACGUGGGCGAUGGCUCCCACAUUUUUACGUUCCCUCCGAUUUCUGUGACAGAGCCCCUGCGUCCAUUCUUCGCUCCUGGAGUUCCUGGGAAGGCCGGCAGGAACUUCAUGAUGCUGUGCCCUGGGUGGAGUCCCAGCGUGUCCAGUGAGCAGGACAAGGCCACGAAGCCCUGAUCUCAAAGCCCUCACAGACAUGCCCUGAGUGCCCAUGGCCAUGGAUACCAGUUCCUGUGCUGCUGACCCAGUGUCCUGAAAACCACAGGACAGUUUGGGAAUCCCAAACACAAAUUAUAGGGAACUCUCACCUCCCACACUAAGUACUGUUAUGG